GUUAUAACCAGUCUCUACCAGUGGUAGUGUUAUAACCAGUCUCUACCAGUGAUAGUGUUAUAACCAGUCUCUACCAGUGGUAGUGUUAUAACCAGUCUUUCCCAGUGAUAGUGUUAUAACCAGUCUCUACCAGUGGUAGUGUUGUUAUAACCAGUCUCUACCAGUGGUAGCGUUAUAACCAGUCUCUACCAGUUGUAGUGUUAUAACCAGUCUCUCCCAGUGGUAGUGUUAUAACCAGUCUCUCCCAGUGAUAGUGUUAUAACCAGUCUCUCCCAGUGGUAGUGUUAUAACCAGUCUCUCCCAGUGGUAGUGUUAUAACCAGUCUCUCCCAGUGAUAGUGUUAUAACCAGUCUCUACCAGUUGUAGUGUUAUAACCAGUCUCUCCCAGUGGUAGUGUUAUAACCAGUCUCUCCCAGUGAUAGCUGAACUGCAGUCUAAAUGUAGCUAUCUGACCUUUCCGUCCUGCUACUCCAGAAACAGCAACACCUGUUUACUUACAUUAUGCUGAUGUUGUUCAGACUUAUCUUUGAUUAUUGUGGAUCCAGUGAAGAGAAGGUGAGGAUGACGAUGUUGGACUGUUCUUCUUGCUGUUCCUGGGUCAGCAGACUGAGAUGUCCCCGACCUCACGGCUUUCUAGCCCACGUUAUUACCAAAGUGUGUCUGGGAGCGUUGUUGUUCGGGGUGGUCUGGUCCAUCGCUGAGAAGGAGUGUUAUCCAGGGGGGAAUCUGUUUGGCAUCAUCAUCUUGUUUCUCUGUGCUGUGUGUGGAGGAAAACUGGUCGGACUGAUCCAACUCCCCACACUGCCCCCCUUCCCCCCUUUAGUUGGUAUGUUGCUGGCAGGUCUGGUGCUGCGUAACGUACCGUACGUAACUGAGGCGGUCCACAUUGAGCAGACCUGGUCAGCAGCUCUGAGGAACAUCGCUCUGGCCAUCAUACUGACCCGUGCUGGACUGGGCCUCGACCCUUCGGCUCUCCGCAGACUCAAGGCGGUGUGUGUGCGACUGGCAGUAGGACCGUGUACAGUGGAGGCAUCAACAGUAGCUGUGAUGUCUCACUUCCUGAUGGGCUUGCCCUGGGUCUGGGGAUUCGUACUGGGGUUUGUUCUGAGUGCUGUAUCCCCAGCGGUGGUGGUGCCCUCCAUGUUGUUACUCCAGAAGGAUGGCUACGGCGUGGAGAAGGGAAUCCCUACUCUGCUGAUGGCUGCUGGGAGUUUUGAUGACAUCCUGGCCAUCACAGCAUUCACCACCUCUCUGGGCGUGGCUUUUGCCUCAGACUCUACAUGGCUCAAUGUGAUGAAAGGCGUGCUAGAGGUGGUAGGAGGAUCAGCGGCUGGCCUGGUGCUAGGACUCUUCAUCUGUUUCUUCCCCAGUCAGGAUCAGGAGGAUUUGGUAUUGAGGAGAAGUGUCAUGUUACUGGGUCUGUCUGUGUUUGCUGUGUUUGGGAGCCAUGUAGCAGGGUUCUCUGGUGCAGGGGGACUCUGUACUCUGGUCAUGGCCUUCAUAGCUGCGCUGGGCUGGGGGGAAGCGAAGGGCCCAGUAGCAGCAGUGGUAGGGAGGUUCUGGGACAUCUUCCAACCGCUGUUGUUUGGACUGGUAGGAGCACAAAUCACAGUUUCUACACUGGACCCCAACACAGUGGGUCUGGGCAUGGCAUGUCUCGGGACAGGUCUGGUUAUCAGGGUUCUCUUCACGUUUCUCAUGGUGUUCUUUGGUGGAUUCAACACAAAGGAGAAGCUGUUUAUCUCUAGAACUACAGGUUCCAGAACUUACAGGUGA